AUGACGACUUCCUCCGACACCCACUCCCACCGUCGCCGCUCCAAAAAGGAUCCCGAUCGCGAGCGCACACGACACAGAUCAAAGGACAGAGAUAGGGAACACGAUAUUCUCGAAAAGAGUAGCAGAUCAAAGUCAUCGCGAAAGACCACCUCCACCACCUCCGACCAGACUGAGUGGUGGGAAGACGAGUCCUCCGUCCACCCUCGCGAGCAACCUUCCAAGGACCGACUCCGCACACCCUCUACAACCGCCUCCAAAGCUCACAAGAUGGCCGUCGUUCCAGAGUUGGAUCGCAGAGAGUCGCUAGGCAUGGGCUCGCGAAACGGUUCCAGGAGCAGCUUGUCCUACCCGACCCUCUCCAAAACCCAUGCGAAAGAGAAUAUUUACUCCCGCGGUAACGAGGCCCCCGAGCGAAAGAAGUCGCCCUUCACGCCGGAGCCUACAGAUGUCGAUGACGACGAGCAGAACAGAUCCGAAGAGAACUCCCCUAACCGCCCCUCUCGUGCACCUCCAAGUCCUCCCUUGACCGAGAAAGCAGGAGCCGAAACCCGGCAAAAGUCGAGCCCGGGUAGCACCAGGCGCAGCAAGACAGAAGCCUUACAUAAAGAGAUGGAGUCGGGGCGCAGGAGUGUGGACAGCGGCACCCGUUUGACCUCAGAGCGGCGUUUUACCACCGCUUCACGUUCAAGCGUUCGCCAUGGAAGAGGUGACACGGCGCUGGACGAGACUGAUGUGACUUCGACCACCGUCAGUUCCCAGCCCAGUACAGUGAAGGGUGGUUACGACAAGGCAGCACACCUAGCAGAAGAAAGGACACGUCAAAACUCGACAUCAACCGCACGUCGCUCGCCUUCUUCCAGGACCAAAUCACGGCAAUCAUCAAGUGUGUCAAAGUCUUCAGAUGCUACCCAGAAGACGGCAAGGAGACGACACAGAUCAUCGCCUUCACACUCGGAAAACUCACCUGCCUCUGCAGCCGACUCCUCGCCCCGCACGCCUACUCAACAUUCUGUGCUUCCAUCAGUGGUGACCGCAUCGAAAGACGAUGCACCGUCCGUUGAGAUCUUUCCAGAUCCCCUUUCGCGAUCCCAGUCAACAGAGACAGGCUUCAGCAGCGUCCAAAUGCCCGGUCCUCCUCCCCCUCCCCCACCACCUCCUCCCGCCAUCGUCACCGACGCGCCCCGCGUGGAUUACCUUCUCCAGCACGGCGGUCUAGCACGGCCAGUCCCGCGAAGCCUCCUCGCGGCCAUCGACAAUGCCCCAGUCACAGCAUACUCACAUUACACAUCGCCCAGAGUCAGCCCUCCGCAAGCCCAGGACGUGCGCGCGGUCUUCACCCCUCUACAGAAAUUGUUAGACGACUACAACAAGGUCAUCGACACGAACGGGUCUCUCGCCGUCGCCACCGGAUAUCGAUCUGUCGCCCGCCGUCUUCUCGACCGUCUCGAGGCAGUCUUUGCGCGCAAUAUCUCUUCCGAGAAUUGCCCAUGCAUCAUGUGUUUGGACGAGCCGCAUCUUACACAAGAGGAGGACGGUGUCAACUGGGGCGAGAUUCUCGAACUGGUCUCUGGAAGAUGUGACCUGCCUCAUUGGCCUCCGCUUGAUAAUGAACCUACUGAAGGCCUCGGAAUCGACUUGGAAGACCCCUGCCAGAAGGUUGACAUAGAUGUUCCGGAAGAGUACCGUGCUCAUUUUGCUCGCCAGUCGCGCAAGACAAAACAGAGCGUGCAGUCUUGGCUGUCCGAUCAACAGGAAUCCGCACCGGAGGAGGUCGACGAUGAGACUUUGACGUUCGCGAUGUUGACUCGAAUCGAGCAAGAGCAGCGACCUCUUUAUUAUGCACUCUUAUAUGGAUUGGAUUACCUACCGAACCCACGAUCCAACAUCGAAGGAAAAGAUGUUUCACCUCCAGCAAUCACCAAAGCCGCCCUGGCCCUUCAACGCCUCUACCGUCUCCGAGCAUUACCCAGAAAUCAACUCGUGGUCAUGUACUUGAUCAAAAAUCCCGACAUGCAUAACAUCUUAGCUACCUUGUCCGCGGUCACCAAACAGGAAUGGGAAAUUCUCGUGUCUGGGCGAUUCGAUGGGUUUUUGUGGUCUGGUGCUGAUGAUCUUGCCGAUGUGCGCCCUGGCCUUUCUCGUAACCCUUCUCGUGGUCCCGGCGACGAGGGCCCUCGCCGAUUUGCAUCACCUGGAGUCCCGCGUGGCUACACACCCUUCAGCCCCGGUCCCGGCUCGCGACCGGGAUCUACUCGACCAGGCUCCACACGACCAGGCGGUGGAGGUGCGCCCGUCCAAAUCGAUGAAGAUACCGAAAUUGCGGUUCUCGCAGAAGUCGAGCGUGAGAUCUACUCCGCCAUGGAAGCCAUGGAGGACGCGUUCGAACAACUCCACAACUCGGCCGAGGUCGUCCGCCGCCGCCUUCGCGAGCGUGGUGCGGCACUCUCCAUGGUUGCUCAGAGCCGUCGCGGAUCUGUGUAUGGCGGCAUUGAGGUCCGCACCGAUACGCCCGCUUCGUUCGCCGACGUGGACAGCAGCCUCGAGGAUCUCAGAAGUGAGGUCGGUCCUGACGAUUCAGCCAGCAACGUCGGUCAGAAUCGACGGAGGCGCGGUCACAGGAGCAAGGCUCGCCACACCCCUGCGCCUGUAGAAGAAGAAGACGAGGGAGAGACGUCGCUGGCGGAGAGGAUCAGGAGGAGGUUGUAA